GACGAAAAGCAUAUUCAUUUCAUUCUUCUCCGAUUCCGAUUUCAGAUUUCAGGUUCUAAAUUUGAUCUAUUUCUCUCUCUUAUCUCUUUCAAUUUCCCGUACCAGAAUCCUAGAUCCUUCGCUACCAAUCGAUCGACAAAUCUGCUUUUCUGAGGACUCUGAAUUGAAUCUUUCAUGGAGGGUACAGGAGGUGACAGUUCUUCUUCUACAGCUUCUCUGAAUCAAUGGAGACAUGAUUCGUCAAGGAUUUUUCAGUUUUACUUGGAUAAAACUACUCCUCAUUUGGUUUACAGAUGGAUUGGAACAUUUGUAUUGGCUAUUCUCUAUGCUUUGAGAGUUUAUUAUGUUCAGGGGUUUUAUAUUGUUUCUUAUGGUCUUGGGAUCUAUAUGUUGAAUCUGUUAAUUGGGUUUCUGUCACCACUUGUUGAUCCUGAGAUGGAACCUUCUGAUGGUCCUUUAUUGCCUACUAAAGGUUCUGAUGAGUUCAAGCCUUUUAUUCGCCGUCUUCCUGAAUUUAAGUUCUGGUAUGCAACUACAAAGGCAUUCUGCAUAGCCUUUUGCAUGACCUUCUUUUCCAUGUUUGACGUUCCUGUGUUUUGGCCCAUAUUACUUUGCUAUUGGUUUGUUCUUUUCUUCCUUACAAUGAAACGCCAAAUUAUGCACAUGAUCAAGCACAAAUACAUCCCCUUCAGUAUGGGAAAGCAGAAGUAUAGUGGCAAGAAGCAAUCAUCAGCAAGCGGCGGCAGCAAUUCUAGGGCCGAUUGAAACUUGUAAGGAGAAAAAAUCGUCAAGAAAUAUUUGUUUGGAUUUGGAAGAUCAUGGAGAUAGAAAAACAUGUUUUAGUCGAAUCAUCUCUAGUUCUUAAAUUUGAUCACUACUAUUUUAUUUUGAUCCUAUUUGGAAUCGAUGAUUUUAGUAAACUUGUAGAUUGUGCCUGGUCUGGCUGUUAUUCUUUUUCUUUUUGAAACAGAUUUAUACAUUGAUGAUGGAUAGAAAUUAGUUUUGGUUAUUGUAUGCUUAUUUAUGAAGAUUAUAUUUUUUAGGAGUGUUCAUU